AUGAAGACUAAUUUGUCGUACAAAUGUCUAGCACCUCACUUGUUAAAUUUACGGAUAGCUGGUUGUUUUUAUAUUGAUCAAAAAUCACCGAAGUUGUACAAAAUUCUUCACUUAAUUUUUAUUGGUAUCACCUUUGUGUGCAUGCUUAUUUUUGUGACACAACAGGCCUUAAAGGUUUUUGAGGUACGACAUAAUAUGGAUAAAGUUAUGGAGACAAUGUUCUUAUUCCUGACACAUACUGAUUCGAUUUAUAAACAAGUAGUUACAUUGAAGAGAGCAGAUAAAAUACAAGAUCUCUUGGAUAUAAUGAAAGGACCAUUCUUUAAUCAAGGCGAGCCUGACCACGAGAAAUAUUUUAAAGAAACAACUCGACAUGGGAAGAUCUUACUGCAAGCUGACAAUUACAUGGCUCUAUGUACUUGUUUCUUAUGGGUCCUAUAUCCGUUUAUACUACAUGUUCAAGGGAAGCCAACUGUAUUCGCUAUCUGGCUGCCUUAUGACUCCAACAUUGAUCCAAACUUCUACCUGACUGCGUUGUACGUUUGGACUCUUACUUCUUGGUUGGCAUUUUGUAACACCACCAUGGACGUCACAGUUGCAUUUCUCUUGGCGCAAUGUAAAACACAACUCGCCAUACUCAGCAAUAACCUCAUCUAUUUCGUAGAGCGGAGCAAAAAAGAAAGUGAUGCCAAAAAAGAAAAUUUUGGAGAAGUUGUUCGCAUACGAUUUGAAAAUUUAGUAAAACAUCACGUACAAAUUCUUUAUUUCGCUAAUCAAAUUCAAGAAAUAUUUGGUGGUGUUUUAACAUAUCAGUUCUUGAUUAGUGGCUGGAUUUUGUGCACUUCUCUAUACAGAUUGGUCGACUCUGAUCCAGCUACGGUGCAAUUCUGGUCAAUGGUUUUAUAUAUUUGCUGCAUUCUCAUGCAAGUGUCAUUGUACACCUAUUACGGCAAUGAAGUUACACAUGAGAGCCUAAACCUUAUGGAAUCCGCAUAUUUCAUGAAUUGGUUGGACACAUCGCUCAUACAUAGACAUCAUCUCAUAUUUUUCAUGGAGAGAGUAAAAAAGCCUAUUCUGCCUGUUGCGGGAUUCAUUGUUCCACUUUCUAAUAAAACUUUUGUUUCGAUUGUCAAAAGUUCCUACUCAUUCUACGCACUGCUAAGAAAUACUGGUAAAAAUUAGAGAAGUUCUCGUUUUCGUUUAUGUAAGAAAUCUAGAUGACUAGAUUUAAAUAUUUAUAAUAUUUAAGUAUAAAAGUUUGAAGAAGUAAAGUAAUAGGUAAGUAUAGGUAUUGGAUAGUAAUAUCUAUAGCCAUACGUACACACGUCUUAAUUCUCAGACCAAUUAUCACAGGACCUGCCUCGCUAGACAUUACUCCUCUGUCGAAAGGUCACGAAUCACGAUCUAACAAUUAUUUAUACAAACUGCGUCUAUUGAAACGAUGUUUCAUUGUGCUCUAAUUACACGUGUUUGUAGUACGAUGUACAUUUAUAGUUGUGUGUAGUGUAAGGACAUAGGAUAUAUUGGUAUUACUAUUGGUAGUAUUUUCGAUGUGUGAGUUUAUUUCGUCUUUCUCCUAAAAUAACAGACAGUUUACUUGGUGAAUUUGAGUGUGAUACAAGUCCAAAGGUAAUUGGUCUGAGUCUCAUUCCCAGUAUAAUUGAGAAUGACCCUGGUAUAAUCUACCACCGGUAUUCGUGAGUACGUUUGUGUUUUUAAAAAUAUAAUAUCUUUACUCGUAGAAAUAACACAAUGUUCAUAAAAUUCACUGAGCUUUAUUUUGGCUUACAUACUGUUCUAAUUAUAAUAUACAUUAUUAUGAUAGUAUUG